CUGCACUUUAUUUUAUUUCAAGUUUUUUCACUUCCUUCUGUUAUCUUCGAUUUAAAUUAACCCUGUUUGGUUUUUUGUGAAAGUAUGUGUAUUUUCGCAACAAUGGGAAUAUCAUAAAAGGCUUAAGAAGCAGUCAAGCGCUCAGCCUUGGAGAGACAUUUGUAUGAAGACGUUAAGAUGUAAAAUUAUACCUACAGUCAAAUAACUUCCUGGUUUAAAACUUGUCAAAAACUGAAAUCUAUUUAUUGGUGACCCCCUGCCGACGAGAUGUAUGCAUUCUACGAUUGAAGAGAAUGAUACUCAGUAUUAUCUACGUCAUCUUGUAUGCAACGUGUACUUGUGCAUAUCACAAUUUAGCAUUAAGGAAACCUGCAUGGCAGGCAAAUGACUAUACACAAACCGAACCAUGGGGAGCAGACAAAGCUGUUGAUGGGAAGUAUACAGACCGUGGAGCACUAGAUGACCAGUGUACAAUAUCAGCUGAUAAACAACAGACAGCAGAAUGGAGAGUAGAUCUAGAGAGUGUGGUCAGCAUCAGUUACAUUAACAUCUUCUACAGGACCGACAAUAAACCUGGUUCAUACGCUGGUCGAUUUGCUGGAUUUUACGUCUAUGUCUCCAACACGACUUCAAAAGAGAACGGAAUGCUCUGUUUCCAUGAAUUACAGACUGUUAGCGGUACACCUUUAGAAGAUCAGAAGAUCAACUGCUCCGUGUAUGGGCGAUAUGUUAUAUACUACAACGAACGUCUUAGCAGUGUGGUCUAUCCUUCCUACUACUCUCAGUAUGCAUUCAAUGAACUUUGUGAAGUGGAGGUUUAUGGUUGUACAACUCCUGGAUAUUAUGGUGAAUAUUGUAACAAGACAUGUCCAGUAACAUGUCAGGGACAGCAGUGUGACGCCAUUACUGGAAACUGCGUGAAAGGUUGUCUUUCAGGAUAUCAAGGGCCGCACUGUAGUUAUUUAAAUUUAGCCUUGGGGAGACCUGCCUGGCAGAACCACAGUUGGCCAGAUAAACUAGUAGAAUGGGGAGCAGCGAAAGCAGUGGAUGGGAAAUAUUUCGACCGUGGAGCUAUUGGAGGACAGUGUACAAUAUCAGGCCCCAGUCAAUCAACGGCAGAGUGGAGAGUAGAUCUAGAGAAAAUAGUCAGCAUUAGUCACAUCCACAUCUAUUAUAGGACUGAUAAUUUUGCAAGUCCUACAGUUUACCACAAACGAUUUGCAGGAUUUUAUGUUUACGUUUCGAACAAUACAAAUAAAGACGGUGGGCGUCUUUGUUUUCAUGAAUUACAACAAGUAAACGGUACACCAACAGAGAACCAGACAAUCAAUUGUCCAUAUGACGGGCGUUAUGUUAUAUUCUACAACGAACGGAAACCGGGUGUGACGUAUCCAAGUUACUACUCUCAAUAUGCAUAUAAUGAACUGUGUGAAUUGGAGGUGUAUGGGUGCCCUGCAUCUAAAUUCUACGGCCAGUAUUGUGACCAUUUAUGUCCAGAAAACUGCCUUGAGCAAAGAUGUAAUAUCUCUACAGGAAACUGUUUUGAGUGUAAUCCGGGUUAUAAAGGACAUCGCUGUAGUCAGAAAUGUGACGGUAGAAUGUACGGACCUGCCUGCAGUCAGAGUUGUGGACAUUGUCUAAAUAAUAUACAAUGUCAUCACAUCAAUGGGUCCUGCUCGGGUGGUUGCUCUGCGGGACACGAAGGACCUCUAUGUAAAAAACAAUGUGACGUUGGAAGUUUUGGCUUGGGAUGUAAUCAAACCUGUGGAUAUUGUCUUAAUGGUGCUUCUUGUAACCACAUUGACGGAUCAUGUAGCGGAGGCUGUUCUUCUGGAUAUAAGGCACCCAUAUGUAUCGACAAAUGCGAAGAGGGAACUUAUGGAGCAUCUUGUGGUGAAAGAUGCGGUAAAUGCCUUAAUAAUAAACCUUGUCAACAUAUCAAUGGUUCGUGUUCAGGCGGUUGCUCUGCGGGUUACGAAGGACCCCUUUGUAAUAAACAAUGUGACGGUGGAACGUUUGGCUUAAAGUGCAAUCAAACCUGUGGACGUUGUUUUAAUGGCGCUCAUUGUGACCGCGUAGACGGAUCAUGUACCGGAGGGUGUUCUCCUGGAUAUAAGACACCCCUCUGUAUUAUAGAAUGCGACAGAGGAAUGUACGGUGCAUCCUGCAGUGAAACAUGUGGGUUUUGUUUUAAUGAUACACAAUGCCACCAUGUCAACGGUUCUUGUUCACAUGGAUGCUCUGCUGGAUACGAAGGGGAUGUUUGUAAGAAAGAAUGUGACGGUGGGAGGUAUGGCUUGAAAUGCAAUCAAACCUGUGGAAACUGCUAUGAUGGCACUGACUGUCACCAUGAAAACGGUACCUGUUUAGAUGGGUGUUCUCCUGGAUAUACAGAUUCUCUUUGUAAGACUGAAUGUAGCGGUGGAACGUAUGGUUAUAACUGCAAUGCAAGCUGUGGUCAUUGUCUUCGCGAUACACAGUGCAAUAAUGUUAAUGGUAGCUGCUUAGAGGGAUGUUCAGCUGGAUAUAAAGGGGUGCUUUGUUCUGAAGAAUGUGAAAUCGGCUUGUACGGAUAUAAAUGCAAUCAGAGCUGUGGACAAUGUCUAAAUGGUUCUCACUGUCAUCACAUCAACGGAUCAUGUUUAGAAGGGUGUUCAAUUGGGUAUAAGGAACCUCUCUGUGAAGAUGAAUGUGAUGGUAGAAUGUAUGGUGAGAACUGCAACAGAAAUUGUGGGUACUGCUUGGACGAUGAACAAUGUGACCAUAUUAACGGUACUUGUUUACAAGGAUGUUCGAUUGGAUACAAAGGAUUGCUUUGUACUAAAGAAUGUGACGGUGGAAUGUUUGGUCCAAACUGCUACCAAACAUGUGGAAACUGUCAGAGUGGGAGUCAGUGUCACCAUAUUGACGGCAGGUGUUUAGAAGGAGGAUGUGCUGAUGGAUUUGGGGGAUCCCUUUGUAGACAGCUAUUACAAACUGAAGAAAGUACGCUUCCAAUAGUUGGAGGAUCAUUCGCUGCUAUUGUUGUUGUAUUCGUUGUUAUCAUACUUGUUGUCAUCUUUAUUAAACGGUCGCGGACUUUCAAAGGGACUGAUCAAGAGACAAUGAAGAUCAAUGAAGAAAUAAACAUAUCAGCAUCAUCAAAGAAAGAAAUGACUGGGUUUACAGAUAUUUAUGAGAAUACAAAAGGAUUAUCGCAAUUCAAAGAGAAAAAAAUAAAUUCCGAAAAUUCCAAAAAAACGGGUCAAGAUGUCAGAUCAGGAAACAAUGAGCGCGAAGAUGAUAUUGACAACGACGAAAAAUUACAUGACGAAAAUCCAUAUGGAGAUUUCUAUUUAAAUGAGGAAACAAUCCCAGAUAUAGAUAUUGAAAAAUUGGAGAAUGUAAUAAAGGAGAAAAGGAAAAAUGAAGACGAUGGUUUUAAAAGGGAAUAUGCUGCCAUGCCAUAUGGUGAGAAGUACGCUUGUGAUGCUGGAAAGCUGCCAGAAAACGUGCCGAAAAACAGAUUCAAGACCACAUUUCCAUAUGACCAUUCAAGAAUCAUAUUGUCAGAUAGCCAGUCUGACUACAUCAAUGCUAAUUAUAUUGACGGCAUUGCCAAGUCAAAAGAAUUUAUUGCAGCACAAGGACCUCGACAGAACACCAUAAAGGACUUUUGGACCAUGAUAUGGCAGGAAAAUGUUGCCCAAAUAAUCAUGCUGACCAACCUCAAAGAAAGCAGUAAGGCGAAAUGUUCCAAAUACUGGCCAGAUCUGUAUCAGUCUACAACAUUCGGUGUCAUCUCGUUACUGGCGGAAGAGGAGCAAAUCUACGCCAAUUAUAAAAUCCGGAAAUUUAGAGUAACCCAUAAAGUGCAUAAAAAAUCUCGCAUUGUGACCCAGUACCACUACACUGCCUGGCCGGAUCAUGGGAUUCCGGAACCGCUCUGUCUUGUAGUAUUCCAUGAUCACGUGACAAGGACGACGGAUCAACAAAAUACUGGCCCCAAAUUAGUUCAUUGCAGCGCGGGGAUAGGGCGCACUGGGACUUAUAUUGCAUUAGACGCUUUAUACAAACCGGGAAAAUCAGAGAGGAAAGUCAACAUCGCGGAAUACGUCAAGAAAAUGAGGGAAGGCAGAAUGAACAUGGUCCAAACUUACGAGCAGUAUAAGACUAUUUUUCUCGCGCUUGAAGCAGUGUUCAAAGCUCCAACAUGUGUCCUCACCAAACCUGAAUUUACAAGGAAGGCAGAGUUAAUGAUCCUGGAUAAACCAGCCAACGAAAGCGAACUAAGAAAAGAGUUCCAGAAUCUCCUAAGAGUGAGGCCCAGAUACACGGAAGCAGCCUACAAAUUUGCUAUAGAGAGCAGCGGAAGUAAACUAGGUGUUCUUCCACUUGACAAGUAUCGCCUGUUCCUGUCAUCAAGUGUACCAAAACGCGGGAACUACAUCAAUGCCAUUACACUUCCUUCCUACACCAUGAACAAGGCAUUUAUAAUAACACCUUAUCCCCAAGCAGGGGACGCUGUAGAUUUUCUGCGCCUGCUCACUGACCACGAAUCAGAUGUUGUCAUAUGUAUGGACCCCCUAGCAAGAGUUGAAUCAACAAAGAUGUGGCUACCGGCUGCCAACAGUAAAAAAUCCGUCUCUCCAUUCACGGUAAAUUGUGGACAGGAACAAGUCACAGAUAUCAAAUUUUCAACAAUCAACAUUAUCCAAGAAGGGGCAAAUGACGAGGGAUGUUCCGUGUCGAUUUCAGAACCAAAAGGAAGCUUGAAAAAAGCAGAAAACUCACAGGCGACAAUACAGAUGUUACAUUUAGUUUCAUCUGCACUUCAAAGUAAAACUGAGGGCCCCAUUACAGUAGUCAGCAGUGACGGUGCAGCUCUUUGUGGAGUAUUCUGUGCUGUCUUUAACACACUACAACAGUUGUCUAUGGACGGGGAGGUGGACAUUUUUACUGCCGUCCGUCAGCUACAGAUAAGGCGACCGGAACUCUGCUCCACUCUGGAGGAGUAUAUGAUGAUCUACAAUGUUGUUCUGGACUACAUCCGGGUACAAGAGGAAACAUCAGAGGAAAAUAUUUAUAGCAACCAAUGACAACAUUCUG